GUCACUAUCAUUUCAUGGAAAGAGUUAUGAUAAAUUUAUUCCAACUCUGUGAUAAACAGGUAAGUAUCAUAUAUAGUAGCACUUAUGUUUGAACUAACACCCCGACUUCUCUUUUUUAAUCAAACGAAGUCUGUAUAGAUAGACUACACAUUGCAAACUUUUAGGUGAUGUCCUCACGAAGGAGAUGUCAACGGCCGAUAAUACAAUAACACAACGUGUCACAACAGUGUGAUAUGGGCCUAUGUUAACUGCUCAUAUUUCAAGUUGGACGUUCAUUUGCAGGACUUUUGUUACUUAUUUUAGCAUCAUGUGAUCAUUGACAUCAUCUUUGGAGCAUUGGAGCAUGGACCUACUAGACAUUUGAAUACGUGAUCUGGAUAAGAUAGAGGAUGAUAAGACUUGAAAACACCGGCAACUCUCGGACCACCAACGGUAACCAGGAGAUCACGCAAAGCAUAUCCAUUUCGACAGCUGGCCUAACAUCUUCUUGUUGUGAUGGCGGCAAAUGUGGACAGGACAGAGAUGGAAGUGAUAGCUAGAAAGUGACAAAUCUUUCGCUACGAGGAGAGAGGCCUAAAACGGCGGCAAUGGAACCCCGUCUUAAGAAGAAAGAGAUGCUACCCUUGAUCCUUGGGAUCGUUGCCGUUUUGAUGUGUGUCUACUUCACCCAACAAAAUGGCUUCACCGUAGUACAGACCAUUCAGGCAGGACUUGAUGUGGAAUCAGCGCAAUCAGUAUCACGGAAACAACUCCCAAAACCGGCAACAAGCCUGGUCUUCAUUAAAACUCACAAGACCGGUGGGACGACUAUGGCAUCGAUACUCAACCGAUUCGGUUACAGGAAUCGUUUAUCUUUUCUAUUCAACAAAGGUGAUAAGGUGCAUGGUCACUUCCGGUUAUCAAAGCUGGCUCAAAAGAAACCUCGUAGCUUCCUUCCUCCACUUUGCGUUGCUACGGGCGACUACAAGCAUUACAAGAACUACAGCAUGAUGACCGCACACUUAAGACUUCUUCCCAAUCUCGUUCAGCUGAAACGAUUCAUGAAAUCCGAUUGCAAAUUUGUAUCGAUCCUUCGCGAACCGAGCGCGCAGUGGGAAAGUGCGUUCUCGUUUUUCGGUGCCGCGCGUUCAAUGCAUAUCAAUAAAGUCGGGCGCGGGAAUACAAGCGUUGCGAACAUCGCAACCUUUUUGAGCAACCCUAAAUUCUACUGGAAUACCGCCAAAGGUGGUCAUGCAAAGUACUAUUCAAGAAACGGGCAGCUGUUUGAAUUCACCGAAGAUGGCGCCAUUCAUGACUACGAAGACACCGUUAACGACAUCAUUAAGCAGCUGGAUUUGCACCUACACUUAGUUGUUAUAACAGAAUACUUCGACGAGUCUCUCAUUCUUCUAAAAAAUCUAAUGAAUUGGAGUUUCAGAGACAUAAUAUACGUGAAGAAGAAUGCGCGUGUAACACAUUCCAAUAUAACAGAGGAACAACGAGAGAAGAUACGAGAAUGGAAUAGCGCUGAUAUCUUGCUUUACAAUCACUUUAAUCGGACGCUCUGGCAAAAGAUUGCCGAUCAAGGAGCCAGUUUCGAUAGAGAUUUGCGGACGUUCAGAGAUUUGAUGAGGGUCUAUUCUGCCGAAUGCGGUAUAGAAGAUAACGAGGCUGCGCGUAAAGGACAGAAGAUGCUUCGGGUCGGUCACGUGACCUCGAACAACUCGGUAUUCUGUAAACGACUGGUGAGUGAGAACUACGAGACUACGAAAAUGAUCAUGGCAAGACAACGGCUUGGUGCACUCUGUGGUGUGAAGAGGAGCAAAGUUAUUUGAAGGGAGGUUGAUUUGUUUUAAGGACUUUCAUUCUUUUACCUCAGUUUGUAUGAAUGUCAUCGUAGAAAAAUGUUCCCUGAAAAGGAGUAGUCUUCAUAAUAUGCCAUUAUACUAAAAGUACUCUAAAAACUGUAUGACAAGACAUAGCUCGAAAAGUUUGCCCUUAAAUUUCAUGCGGAAUAUACGUGUGCCUAUUCCCAUGUAUAUAUAGGAUUGACCAAUUUCUGUGCGUCAGCAUCAGCACGAUUAAAGGUAUUACAAAGUUUUGGUAUGGGGGUCAUGAAUUUGGUUCAAAUGAACAUAUUGGAAGCAUAUACUAUCCU